AUGUCCACCCAAUAUCUUCGGCUUGCAGCUUUUGUUAUGGCAGAAAGUGACUACGAAAAUUUUACAGCCCUCAGGGAUAAAUGGAAAACCUCAAGGCCCUCUAUAUGUGUCGGGGAGAAAUUAAGGUCCUCCAAGAUAAAGGGAAACUGUUGGCAAGCUGUUGGAAUUGUGCGCCAACUAUUUGAUCAUCAUAUUGCGCCACAGAUCAAGGAAAUCCUUGAUCAGUGUGGUGAGCCACCUGCGGUCCCUGUGACCUGGUCAAUCUACAUGAUUGGAAGAAACCCAGAGAAUUCGAGGGCGCAUAUUAUAUUUUCUUCAAGCCAAAAGAAAGCUCGGGAGCAAGCAAAGAAGAUGGUCGAUGAAAAUUCUAUUCUCAAAGACCUCUCCAUAAGCACAGAGCACAGCUCCCACCCGCCAGAACUCAGCCGGCCAAUACAGUUGCUCGGGGAUACUGCCAAAGUUUGUGAUGAUUUAGAUGAACACGGCAAUCCUCAUCAAGCAAUAUACUUCCAGGAUGUACCCACUCAUGCAGCUAUGGGUCUCCGAAUACUGCUCCCAGGGUCUUCAACUGAGGUUUCAUGGAGACAGGCCACAAUUGGGGGAGUAUUAUGCAUAGAAGAGAAAGUAUUCUACAUUACGGUUGCGCACACCUUUUAUUACCAUCAAACAGCUCAAGAGACCGAAAUGGGAAACAGCAAUUUGAAUCUCGAAUACAACGAUGCAGAUGGCAUAGUGUUUGAUAUGGAAAGCCACGACAUGCUUGAACAGGACUGGAAUGAUGAGUAUUCGGACAGGGGAAGCCACACACCAGAUGACGUCCGGUUGCCGGGAGAUAUCUCAACUGGAAGCAGCAAUAAUAGCUCACCCAACGAAUCUUUCGAUAGCUAUUUACGUCCAAUUGAUGAUUUGCCUUCUCAAAGACAGCCAGGUCCGAAGCUUCUAGCCCAUGUGAACUUGAGUUCAUCGAGUACAAUAAUGAGCAAGGCAUUGGACUAUUUACUGAUUGAAAUCCGAGAUGGAAGCUUGCAAACAAGAAAUCAUCUGGCUUCAUCUGAAGCACCUUACAAUCGUCUGUCUGUAAACAAGCUUGGUCAAUUCAGCGGGGACAACAAAGUUGUACUAGUCAUAACUAGUCGUGGUUUCCUGAAGGGGGAAUUGAUGACUGCACCUUCUUGGAUUCGUCUGCCACAAGCUACGAAGUCACAAAAGAUAUAUUUGUUGCGCUUGAACAGCCAUAUAAAUUCUGGCGACAGUGGCUCUUGGGUUGUUGACGAGAGUUCCGGUGAGCUCUAUGGGCAUAUCGUCGCCGGAGAUGCUGGAACCGAUACAGCCUAUAUUAUCUCUGCAAUAGAUGUAUUUGAAGAUAUUGGAGUUAAGUGCAACCAGUCUGUCACUUUUCCCGCCAAGUCCGUUCUGAGUCCCAAGGCGCACAUACGAUCCGAACUCAAAGCGGAAGUAAAUGAUUGCUCAGAAGAAACCAUCAAGAAGAUGAAGAUUCCGACCUUUCCUCCCCGAACCAAAACUGGCUUCACCCGUGCCGACUUGCCUGAAAAAAAAGAAAGGGAUUGUUUAGGCCAAAAUACUGCUACAAGCAAGAGCCAAUCCAUCAAGAACCCUGAAUUGUCUAAUGCAGGCGGUCGUCCGGAAACAUCAGAACUCUUUGCUUAUCAGUCCAGCAUUGCCUUACGUGAGACAAUCAACAGUUUUGGUUCGCCCUCAAAACUCGUACGUGAUGUUAUUGAGGAGCUCCAGUCUCUACAUGGGGUAUUAGCCUCACUCGCAGAGAAAAUGGGCGCGGUUGAAAUGGACCCCGUUAUGCUUGAAAUUCCUUUAAAGCAAUGCGGCAAUGUUUGUGAAGAGUUCAGGCAUGAACUAAUCAAGUAUUCUUCACAACAUGGCGGUGGCUUAACCUUUCAAGAUUGGCACAAGAUAAGGUUUAUGAAUGAUGAUAUUGAUGGAUUUCGACGACUCCUAUCUGGAUACAAAUCCAUUAUACAGGUUGCUCUCAUUAAUCGGCGUCUGCACAACUUGGUGGCAUCUGAAACUCUUGAAGGCGACAAGAAACUCCUCAAAAACACCAUGAUUGAUUUUGAGGAUCACCUUGAGAAUAUCAAUGAAAAAGUGGAGUUCAUAUUCAGAAAGGCAAUAGUUGAAUCUGACUCCAAUAUAUCAGAGCUUCAGAUUAUUAGAGAACAGCAGCUGAAAAACGAAAAUGGUUUCCAAAUUUACGCCAAGUUCUCCCGAUUUUUCGAUCAAAUGCAGAUUUCUUCCAAGCACAACCUUACUUAUCCGACCCAACAAGAUUCAUUACCUGAUACUGUUGUCCAAUAUGGACUUCAAGGAUGCAAGGAUAGUCUCUUUCUCAUGUCGACUAAGCUAAAAAACCUGGAACAGGACCUGGUGGACCAAUUUUUAGCAGCCAGUUCUCACAACGUCGCCAAAUCGGAGGAGUUAACAACCCUUCGAAGACUGCGAGACGAAAGGAAAGCCGCCCGCCACUGUAUGGAUAUCUGCUCCAAAGUGGACAGGUACCUGCAGGAAGAUACCACGACCAUUAGCAAUAGUGUGACUGCCAACUCCGACCACUUUAUGACUUCAACGAAUAUAACAUCCAUGGAUGAUGAAGACCGAGAGCUUGGUUGGGAAAGAAAGCAAGGGAGGUACAUGGGUGACGCUGCAGCUAACAUCGCAAAAGGCAUCUAUGCGUACGAAAAGCUGAUAACUGAAGGUCAGGUACGAUAUGAGUGA